UCUUUCAGUUGUCUUCCUGGAGCGGUCAAUUAUACCGCGGCCGAUAGUAGUUGCGAGAGGAAAAAUGAUUUGUUCAAUCAACAAGCAAAAGAACAUACAAAUUCAUGCCCAGAAGACAAGGAAGAAGAGCGUCCUUCAUCAUUGAGAAGGCUGGUGUCACAUUUUGCAGCCUCCACUACAGCGCAUGGUGUAGCAAACAUAGCCGCUGCAAAGAGUUUGCCGAAGCGCAUGGUGUGGCUUGUGGUUACGGUCGCGUUAUAUGCGGUUUUACUUCUGAUGUGCUGUCAGUUGAUUGUAAGAUACAAGAUGAAACCUGUAGUAUCCAGAAUGGAGAUGAGCUUUGAAGAGGUACGAAAACGAGCUCAUAUAAGUGUCACAGUGAGGAGCUAAUCUGUGCGUGGCUUAAGUUUUAUUUAACACCUAAAAGAUUCUUUUCUAACAGACGUAUAAAUAAGUCAAAUCAUCAUUAUCAUCAGACCGCUUCGUUGCCGAUGGAACACAGAUCCUCUACUAAUGUUUGCCAUGUGACUCUAUGAGCAGUGACGCCUUACGCCAACUAAGUCCUUUCCUCACGUUCUAACAUCCUUGUGCACUUCCAUGUAUGUCGGAGUGCUUCUCUCUUUUCCUUCCCUGUGGGGGCCAUUCAAGGGCAUUCUUGGCCACAUGUUCGUCUGUUGCAUUCAGUGUGUGGCCAAUCCAUCACCAUACUCGUUGUUCUAUCUCUUCCUGUAUCAGUCGCUGUCCUGCCUGUCUCCAGAGCUCUUUAAUACGGAUUCUUCUGGGCCACCAAACAACCAGGAUGCUCCUAAGGCACCUGUUAAUAAAAACCUGUAACUUACUACUCACAAUGCACGGAGGUACUUGGAAUCGUCUACCUUCUCAAUUAGCUCCUUUACAAUCAUCACACGCCUAAUACCGCUUAAUGAACACAACCGAAUUUGAACCUAUCGCCCACACUUUAUCAACAACUUAACUAAUACAUUCACACUGAACUGUCUUGACAGUUCCCGUUGCUUUUUAGCAUCCUCUUUCGUUCAUGAAAAAUACUACAGCUGAGUUCUAAAAGAUUUUUGUUUUUUACUUUUAGUCUCUCGACUUUCCCACCGUCACAAUUUGCAACUUAAAUAUGCUACGGCGAAAUAUGCUAUCCAAAAAAGGUGCAAUUGAUAAAAUAGUCAACAACAUAGAAAAGAGGCGACUCGAGGAAAAAGCAAAUCAGUCCAAUAGUCAGCUAUCAAACAAGACAAACAGGACGUAUUCAAGUGUCGAAACCAUGAAAAUCAAUAUAAAGGAAUUGAUAUUGGCCAAGGCGAAAACCUCCGAAGACGGGGAGAUAUUUUCACACGUAAGAAUAGACACUGGGUCCCUGGAGAAAACCUUACUAGACAUGACAAUGAAGAAUAUUUCAGAAGAUGAGCUGAUUUCACUUGGACACGGCCUGAAUGAGAUGAUAAAAUACUGUCGAUGGUCUUAUUACAGUUGUCAUGAAGGGUAAGGCUUAAGUUCCAAUGGUAGAGUCACCGAUAGAACUUCAUUCAGUGCCUCAAUAUGUUAAACACGUUUCAUGUCCUUAUCACUAAUUUUUGCAGUAAAGGGAUGUAACGUUGUGAUUAAUUAGGAGAGAAAAACGGCCUUAAUCGAUGUACUGGGUGGAGCAAACACAACUUACAUUUUCCCAUAUCAAAUGCAAAAAUUCAUAUAACAGUAUACAAUAAAUUUAAAAGCCUACUGAAAACUUCAUAGCAUCCUUAUCUUCAAAAGCGAGAAGUAAUUUUUCAUUUUACAAAAAAAUUCUUUUCGUUUGUCCAAAAACUGAAUUUCAUACUUUUUUUACCUUUUUUAAACUCGUAGUAGUCUUAAGAGGCUCUGGAGGCAUUUCUGGCACUGGAAGUAUGGAAAUUGUUACGUGUUUAACUCAGGAUUAUCUGCAAAUGGCAAGAAGCUUCCAGUGAUGACUACAGAUACUGCUGGACCUUAUAACGGUCAGUUCGCAAAAUAAUGUUCUCAACUUCGCAAUGAUUGAGUGUGAACACAACCAAAGUAAUUCGAAUACCUUUUUCUCGUCUCUCCUUACUUUUAGGCAACGGCGAUUGAACAACUAGUAAUGGCGCGUGGGAGGCGAAAUAUAUACCUUUUAAAGUGAUAUACCCACCAAAAGCCAAAAAAUACUGUCGUUUCUACAAACAAACAAUUAAACUUCAGUUUAUUCAAGCGUAAUGAGAAAAUCUUUGAAAUAAUUUAAGAGCGAGCUGGUUAUAAACAAGAAAAAGAGGAAUGCAUGUAAUAUGCACAUUAAAAAAAAUUAUAUUUCAUCAAACACUAGCUAAGGAUGAAAGGUUACUUAUUUGUCGGCGUAUAAGCGACCCUAGCUAAAAAUGACCAUGUGGUAAUACUUCAGGUCUUGAGAUGGACAUCUUUAUCAACCAAAAAGAGUACUCAAGUCUGACAGACGAGGCUGGUGUAAGAGUGGUUCUCACCGACCAGGGAAGAAUGCCAUUUCCUUUUGAUGAGGGAUUUAGUGUUCCCACUGGAUUUUCAACGUCUGUUGGAAUCAGAAAAGUAAUUGAAUUGUCUCAGUUAAAUACCAUACCAUUUACCGUGCAAUUUGUCUUUUGACUUGAUUUUCCUUGAUCCAAUGCUUUCCUUUCAAUUACAUCAAAAAUUAUGAAUUUACUUUUUAAGUUUACAUCCAAUGUGGAUAAAACACUGGCAGCUGUCACAAAAUUUAAUAAUGCUAUUUUAGUGUCUACUGCUAUUCUAAGGUCCACUGGAAGUUAUCCGAAAACGCCAAAAUGUAACAGCGAUUGUAAUUGUCUAUAAUAUUCAUAAACGAAAGGAACCGUUUCGAAGAAUGACGAAGGAGAACGAAGACACAGGAUCCUUUGUAAAUCUGCCACUGGAAACUCUCUGGUUAGCCAUGUGAAAAAUUCCAGGAAGAUUAGUAACUUAUGCCUUUUCUCGUCCUUACCUUGUCCUCAGAGAUACAUUAAAAGGGUGAACCCACACUUAAACAACAGCUGCUUAGAUGAAACCAGAUCAGCCUACGACUCCCACAUGGACAUCUACGGUCAAAAGUAUCAUGUGAACUACUCAUGUCAGGCAAGUUCUGAUUUGCUAUGCUUUACUUUUAAUUUUAACUAA